AAUACGAAACUAAUAAAAAUUUUAAGUGAAUAUUAAAAAAACGAGAUAUAAAAAUAAAGAAAACAAAAAAACUAUCUUAAAUUCUCAGUUUAUGGAAAGGUCAUCUUAUUUAAAUAUACAUUUGCAACGUUUAAAAUAUUACGACAGUUUCUGUAAUAAGUGUAAAAGAUUUAUUCCUAAAAAUCUCAAAAAUAAGCAACGUUUAAUACCCUUAACAAGAGAAAUCGAAAAAGCAAUGAUGGAUUUUAAUGGCUCACAAUCGAACACUAGCAUUUCUGAAAAGCCUAUCUGCAAUACACUUUCUAUAACGGGCCUAGUUAGGGAUGAAGUUCAGAAUAUUCUUCAAGAAUUGUCCAUAUCUGAUCAGUUUAUACGUAAAGAAGAAAUUGAUGAUUUAAUAGAGAAACGUUUAAAGGAAAAGGUCACAAUUAUACAAGACUCUGAUGCUAAAACAAACCAUUUGAUUCUCAGAGAUUUCGAUAUAAAUCAAGAAUUCGAAAUGACAGUAGAGGAAAUGUCUGAGGAUAAGGAUAAAAGUAUGUUGAUUGUAGAGAACAUACAAAUCUUGGAACAACGCAUAACAACAUUAGAAGAAAGAUUAAGUUCUAUGCUGCAAAAUAUUCCAAAAUUAAGACAUAUACAGGCUAGACGUUUUAAAAUCAAUACAAGUGCCAUUAAAGAAGAACUACGUAAUAUGAUACAAAAAAUGGAAAAACUGCAAGAGGAACAGAUUGUUGCUAGUGCAUCGUUGCAAGAUGUAAACGAUAAGGAGAAAUCUUCUACAUUAUACGAUGAUAUUUAUUAUGCCAAUCGUGAAUAUACUAUUAAUUUAUUGAAUUAUAAGAAAUCUUUAGAAACCAUGGAAUUAAACCGAAAGCCCAAAUUCAAUCCGUAUGUAAAACCUGUUAAUAUUGUUUUGCCAGCAGCGCGUGGAAAAAUCAAGCAACGUCCCGUAUUCUUAACAUCAAGUGAUAUCUGUUUAGGAUAAAUAUUGAAAAAUUAAACUUUAUUAAUCCAUAGCAAAGUGUUGAUAUAAAUAAAA